AUGGCGUUCUGGGUGCCCUGAAACGCUAGUUUAAAAAAAUGUUUAACCAGCUUCAAACAGGUGGGAAAACCUGGCAACGCUGCCUUGUCGUUGCCGCGUGGACAAGGAAACCACUACUUUCUGAAAAUGAGGACGUCACCACCCCCUCCCCAUCACAUGACCGGAAGUGAGCACCGCUGCCAAGCCAACACAAUACUACAGUGCAAUACUACAUAAUACUACAGUAUCUGAGUAUUUCAUCUGGCAUGACUCCCAGUCCACAUUCUCCUGAUAUUUUUGGGUCUUAUACUCCAAAGGGUAGAAGUAAUUCCACGUUACGUUUCACGCAUGUGUUCUUUCUUCUUCUGUUGUUUUGGUCUGCCGUGUGUGUGUGUGUGUGUGUGUUUAUAGCGCCACAUGUAGGUGUGCCGUAUGUAUGACAUCCUUUUCAUGCCGUGAUCCAUUCCCGUGUGGACGUGACUAUUUACCGAUCCCACACUGUGUGGAUGCCAUUUUUUUUCAACCUUUGAAAAAAACAAAUCCCGUGCGGACAGGGCGUCAACCUCCUUUUAUCUGCUGGUGUAAAAUGCUAACAGUAAAAGUUGAGGUCAGGUGAGCUUGACUGAUUCGCCUUCUAUACUAGCUUGUUUUUUCUCAAGGCCACUUAGCGGACUUCCUCUAAUCCCUGUGCUUGCUUUAGCCCCUCCAACAGUGGUCUUUUUACACUUCCCCGCCUUUGAAGCGCUGACCUCCCCCGCAGGCUGCCGGCGGCGCUGAGGCCUCCUCUUACCGCUGCACGUCAGACCGCAUUAGGCUGAGACGAGCCAGGUGGCCGUCUCGGCGGUUCCAGCGCUAUGAUUUCCUCCGCAAACAAUCAGAUUGCUUCAAAAGUUUCAUGCGGAGCUUCAGCCACCCUCGCUGCCUCCUCCCAGCAUCUGCUGCUGAUCCAGAUUGUCCCCGUCUGUCCCACCCCCAGAAUUCUCCUUCUGAAGCUCCACUGUGGAACGUCAACAACACUAACGUGAUGACGGCCAUAGACUGGAACUUGGAAGCACAAAAGGGGGACGCAUGUGUCCUGAAUGCGUUUGGCUUCAUGUCCCGCGUGGCGCUACAGGCGGAGAAGAUGAACCAUCACCCCGAGUGGUUCAACACCUACAACAAGGUCCAGAUCACGCUGACGACCCACGACUGCGGCGGCCUGUCCAAGCGAGACAUCAGGAUGGCAAAGUUUAUCGACAAGGUGGCUCUUUCCAUGUAACGUACGUUUGCUGUUUUGCCAAACACUUUGUUAAAUAAAUGUCAUGUUUGUGUCGAUCGUCUGCUCACGUGUUGAUGGGCUUGUAUUGAUCACGUGAUUCGUGACCAGCUCAAAGUCAGCUUGGAUUUAUUUCGCUCACACUUUGUCACACUCAAAAACAAGUCGUCAUUUUUCUAAUGUAGUUAUUUUUCAAUAAGAUAAAAUAGCUAAUCAUCUGUUCAAUAAUAAUAAUAAUCAUCUAUAACAUAACCGAAUCAUCUUUCAAUAAUAAUAAUCUAUAACAUAAUGUAAUCUUUCAAUAUUACUAAUAAUAACACCAAUAAUAAUAAUAAUAUUAAUUUCUAAAGUAAUCAUCUUUCACUAAGAAUCAAAUAUAACGAUGACGGCAAAAUAAGAGUAGGAUGUAAAAGGUGCCACGCAUUUAGCCAUUUCCAUGCUUUAAUCAUCAUUUCUUUUUCUUCUAUUCACGCAACAUAUACAGUAUAUAGAUGAUAUAUAUGUACAAGAAGGCCAAAUCCACACCACUUCCACAAAUGACAGAACCCAGACCCAGUUUGGGGCGGCCGUCUGCCUCCAUCAGCUAAUUUUGGAAAGUUGUUAUGUUUUCCGCCAUCCCCAAAUCCACCAUAUGAAUCAUAUUCAUUAUUUGACACUUCCAAAGUUCCCUUUUGACAUUGAAAAGAACCGUUUUCUUUAACGUUGAAUUACCGUCAACUUCCCGACAGGACAAUUCGUGUUCAGCCGUCGUUGCUGAUUUUUCGUUUGGUAUGAACGACUGUUAUUAUUUGCAACACAUCCAAACCAAAAUUCCAUCUGGAAGGAUUUACUUCUCACUUGUGUGAUUUCAAAGAUGGAAGUGGAGUCCAAGGAACGGAAAGAGAAAGCAGGAAAAAUAGCUGAAAAUUAAAAAUAUCCAAAUAAAUAAUAAUAAUAACAAUAAUAAUAAUAAUAAUAGCAUGAAAUUCAAAUAAUGAUUUUCUCCAGCUUGACAAGCGGCUUAGACUUUGCUGUGGAUUUCUUUCUUCUUUUCUGUCUGCUACUUGAUCUACAGUUUGUAUCUUUACUGUACUGUACUGCCACACCUCCGCUACAUAAUACUAUAUAGAGUACUGUAUAUACUCUCACUACAUUUCCCCGCUGUGGGAUAAAUAAAGUACAAAUACAAAUACAUACUACAUGCUGUAUAAACACACACACCAUCACAUCAUACUACGUACUGUACUGUAUAUAUCCAUCCAUCCAUCCAUCUUCUAUGCCGCUUAUCCUCAUAGGGUCGCGGGUAUGCUGGAGCCUAUCCCAGCUGCCCUGGGGCAAGAGGCGGGGUGCGCCCUGGACUGAUCGCCAGCCAAUCUCAGAGCACAUAUAGACAAACAUUCAACAAUUUAGAGUCUAACAUGCAUGUUUUUGGAAUGUGGGAGUACUCGGAGAAAACCCAUGCACGCGGAGAUUCGAACCUAGGUCUUCCCUAUCUCCUGACUGUGUGGCCAACAUGCUAACCACUCGGCCACCGUAUGGCCUUGUACUGUAUAUGUACUCUCAUAAAUACACAUUUGUGAGUUGGAUACACACUGCGGAUGGAACGAUACCGUAACCUAAGUCACAAAGGUCACCAGGUAGACGCCACAUGACAUCAGUCAGCUGACAUCAAAGGUCCCCUCCUGAUUGGCUGUUGCUCCUCGGCGGCAAAGAUGAAAUCCCGGCAGGCGGGAACAAUCAGUGGGCUGAUUGUUGUGUGUGGCUGGCGGCAUACGGCGUCGCUCGCAUCAUAGAAAAAUGCAUUUUUCGUGGUUAUGAUCCAAUACGGUACAUAAAGUCCUCAUUGCAUUUGAAAGUUGCUAUUUUUCCAUUAGUUGGAAUUAUUGUUGCUCCAGGUGUUAGACGGCGCCAUGCGUGCCCUGAGCACUGUUAUGGAAAUGUGUUUUUCUACACUUACAUGUUAUUGUCGCUAUGAUGUGAUGAUGAAAUGAAAACAGAAAUGUUUUUUUCUGUAUUGCCUUGAUUUAGGCUAUAUUGUCAUUUGAAUGAUUGUUUUCCUUUCUUUGCUAAUUGUCAUGUUUGAUAGCAGACUGGAUCACGUGUACAUCAAUUUUGGAAGGAAAUAGAGUCAUGACCGCUACGCUCUUGAAAUAUAUUGAAUUAUGUGGCAUUAUCUUCCCGGCCAUGUUGAAUUGAAUUGCAAAUGAUUUCUUUUUAUUACAGCAGAAAAUGAGGGUGGUAUAAAUAUGAAACCUAAACAUUCAUUUCAUAUUAAAAAAACCUCUACUUUUCA